AUGGCGAAAUCCAGCGCGGACGACGCGGAGCUCCGGCGUGCUUGCGAGGCAGCAAUUGAAGGCACGAAGCAGAAGGUCGUGAUGUCGAUCCGAGUUGCCAAGAGCCGAGGUGUCUGGGGCAAAUCGGGCAAAUUGGGCCGACAGAUGGCCAAACCUAGGGUUCUUGCUGUCUCCACAAAACAAAAGGCUGGACGAACGAAAGCAUUUCUUAGAGUUAUGAAAUAUUCCACUGGAGGAGUCCUAGAGCCAGCAAAGUUGUAUAAACUCAAGCAUCUUUCAAAGGUGGAGGUUAUAGCCAACGAUCCUAGUGGAUGCACAUUUACCCUGGGAUUUGAUAAUCUUAGGAGCCAGAGUGUAGCUCCACCUCAAUGGACUAUGCGCAACGUUGAUGACAGGAACCAUCUAUUGUUUUGUAUCUUAAAUAUCUCGAAAGAUGUUCUUGGGCGACUUCCGAAAGUUGUUGGCAUAGAUGUUGUGGAAAUGGCUCUUUGGGCUAAGGAAAAUACAGGUACCGUCUCAAAGCAAAGGGUUCAACAUGAUGGUCAUGGCAGCCCUGUUGCUGUCAAUGUGGACGACGGUGAAUUGAACGUUACUGUUGAGAGAGAACUUGUUUCCCAAGCAGAGGAAGAAGACAUGGAAGCUCUUCUUGACACUUAUGUAAUGGGUAUUGGGGAAGCUGAGGCUUUUUCUGAAAGGUUGAAGCGUGAGCUUCUUGCCCUGGAAGCAGCAAAUGUCCAUGCCAUCGUGGAGAGUGAACCUUUGAUAGAUCAGGUGUUGCAAGGGCUUGAGGAGGCAACAAUCUGUGUUGAUGAUAUGGAUGAAUGGUUAAGCAUCUUCAAUGUAAAACUUAGACACAUGCGAGAAGAUAUUGAAUCAAUAGAAACUCGCAACAACAAGUUGGAGAUGCAGUCUGUAAAUAAUCAGGCGCUGAUUGAAGAACUUGAUAAGCUCGUUGAACGGCUGCGUGUCCCUUCUGACUAUGCAGUGUGUCUAACAGGAGGUACAUUUGAUGAAGCACGCAUGCUUCAAAAUAUUGAAGCAUGUGAGUGGUUGACUCGUGCUCUGCAUGGUUUGGAAGUACCUAAUAUCGAUCCAAGCUAUGCAAACAUGCGUUCUGUCCGAGAGAAGCGAGCUGAACUUGAAAAACUUAAAGCUACAUUUGUCAGGAGGGCCUCUGAGUUUCUUAGGAACUACUUUGCAAGUUUGGUUGAUUUCAUGAUAAGUGACAAGAGUUACUUCUCUCAGCGGGGACAGCUGAAAAGGCCAGAUCAUGCUGAUUUGAGGUACAAAUGCAGGACAUAUGCUCGUCUGCUUCAGCAUUUGAAGAGUCUUGAUAAGAAUUGCUUGGUUCCAUUGAGGAAAGCAUACUGUGGCUCUCUAAACUUGCUUCUUCGUCGGGAGGCCCGUGAAUUUGCUAACGAGCUUCGUGCCAGUACCAAGGCAUCAAGAAAUCCUACUGUGUGGCUUGAAUCAACCACUGGCUCAAACCAAAAUGCACAGACUGAUACGUCUGCAGUUUCUGAGGCGUAUGCUAAAAUGCUCACUAUUUUUAUCCCACUCCUUGUGGAUGAGAGUUCUUUUUUCGCUCACUUCAUGUGCUUUGAGGUCCCUGCACUCGUCCCCCCAGGAGGUGCUGUUAAUGGAAAUAAAGGCGGAAGCUAUGAUAAUGAUGCUGAUGAUGACGAUUUGGGCAUUAUGGACAUUGAUGACAAUGACAGCAACGCUGUUAAAAGUGCUGCAGAUCUGACAGCACUGAAUGAAUCUCUUCAGGAUUUACUUGAUGGAAUCCAAGAGGACUUUUAUGCUGUUGUGGAUUGGGCCUACAAGAUUGAUCCACUACGCUGUAUAUCAAUGCAUGGGAUUACAGAACGAUAUCUUUCUGGUCAGAAAGCUGAUGCAGCAGGUUUUGUGCGUCUGUUGCUUGGUGAUCUGGAAUCAAGAGUUUCCAUGCAGUUCAGUCGUUUUGUCGAUGAAGCUUGCCACCAGAUUGAAAGAAAUGAGCGUAACGUGCGGCAGAUGGGGGUCUUAUCGUACAUCCCAAGAUUUGCUACUCUGGCUACUCGAAUGGAGCAAUACAUUCAGGGACAAUCUAGAGAUUUAGUUGAUCAGGCGUACACAAAAUUUGUGAGCAUAAUGUUUGCGACAUUGGAGAAGAUUGCUCAAACGGAUCCAAAAUAUUCUGACAUAUUCCUUUUGGAGAACUAUGCAGCGUUUCAAAACAGCUUAUAUGACCUAGCCAAUGUAGUCCCAACGUUAGCCAAAUUUUAUCACCAGGCAAGUGAAGCUUAUGAGCAAGCUUGUACUCGUCACAUCAGCAUGAUUAUCUAUUAUCAAUUUGAACGGCUCUUCCAGUUUGCUCGAAAGAUUGAGGAUCUUAUGUACACCAUAACAGCGGAGGAGAUUCCUUUCCAGAUGGGACUGUCGAAAAUGGAACUGCGGAAGACAAUAAAAUAUAGUCUAUCUGGAGUUGACAAGUCUAUCAGUGCAAUGUACAAAAAGUUGCAGAAGAACUUAACCUCGGAAGAGCUAUUGCCGUCUUUGUGGGACAAAUGCAAGAAGGAGUUCCUAGACAAGUACGAGGGUUUCGUACAAUUGGUUGCCAAGAUAUACCCUAACGAGAACAUCCCGUCGGUAGCUGAAAUGAGAGAACUUCUGGCUUCCAUGUAA